CUCUGCGGCUGCUUUCUGCCUUUCAGCACAACGGAGACCUUCCGUGCCAAUGGACGAAGCCACCGGAGGAGAGAUCUAACGUUUUCGCCUGCGACCUCUACAGAAGGGGACCUGCAGCGCAGCGGUGUAGAAAAGUUGCCGCUAGCUUAUUUUCGGCGCACGAAUAUUCCAAGCCAAAACACCUGCAUUGUGACUUCCUGUGCUCUCGCUUUCGAGCCUUCCUCUUUUGGGGGUGGAGGCGAGGGGGAAGUUAAGCUGAGCAGCUCGUCACUUCUCGCCUUCCCAAUAGCGGCCGCGCGUUUUUUCUCUCUCUCUCUCCGCCGCUUGCAGCGGAUCAGAGGAUGCACCUCCCUUUUCUGAAAAAAAGUUGCGUUGCUACCUUCGCGUGGAAAUUGAGCCCAUCUAUUUGAAUGCAGAAAAGCGCGAGGCAGCGCUCUCCUGCCUGGUGGUGGCCCCAAAGGAGCGGAGCUUAGCGGUCACCGCGUUGGGCGACGUUCCCUCUAGUCCGCCGCGGCCGUUAUAUUUCUCCUGUUUCCGGUAACUCCAGACGCCAGAGCAAAGUCAUGGACAACCGCCACGGCUCCUUCUUGCCAUAGAAGAUUUUUUUUAAAGCACGUGCAAGGAGUUUCUGGAACACCCUCCAUCUUUUUCCCGCCUGUUUUUAUUUUAUUUUAUUUUAUGGGUGUGAUUUUUCUUAUAGGAGACUCUCCCUCCCCUUGAACCGUUUUCUGCUUCAGGGGAAAAUCCGGGGAAUUUUCAACUCGCAGCCUUUUCCCAGAUUUUUAAUUUUGUAAUCUUAAAAAUCUGAGAAUGGGUAAUGCAGCCAGCAGCCUGGAAAUGUCUCCAGCGAAGGAGAUUAAAACCCAACCGACUGCUUCUUCGCCUUUACCCCCUAAACAGCCUGCACCCCCCAAACUACCGAUGCCUAAUGCUGAGGAAUUGGAAGAACGAUUCGGACAUGUUCUGAAUUCAAUGAAUCUGCCACCAGACAAAAUGAAGCUUCUGAGCCAGUAUGAUAAUGAAAAGAAAUGGGAAUUAAUAUGUGACCAGGAACGAUUCCAGGUCAAAAACCCACCAUCUGCCUAUAUCCAGAAACUGAAAAGCUAUCUAGACACAGGUGGAUUCAGUGGAAAGUUUAAGAGACGAGUUCAAGAAUCUACCCAGAUUCUUCGGGAGUUAGAGAUAUCCCUGAGAACAAACCACAUUGGUUGGGUCCAGGAGUUCCUAAAUGAAGAGAAUAGAGGUCUUGAUGUGUUGGUGGAUUAUCUUGCUUUUGCCCAGUGCUCUGUCACGUAUGAUAUGGACAGCACUGACAAUGGGAGCCCUGGGUCGGACAAGGGAAAGGCCCUGGACAGAUCUGUAGAGGACCUCAGCAGAAGCAAUUGCUCUCCCACACAGGGUUCCAUCAAAGCGAGGCACUUGACUGUCAGGUGUUGCCAUUUGAACCAGCAGAUCCAAACAUUCUUUCAACAAGUCCACCCCAGCAUCCCCUCCUCCAGCGCCCCUGGCACCGAGCAGGACUGUAAGCCCAGGCCACCUGUCAACUCUUACUCACCCCGAUUCAAUCCGGCACACAGCAGGAAGGCAUUACGGAACUCACGCAUCGUCAGCCAGAAGGAUGAUGUUCAUGUGUGCAUCAUGUGUCUCCGUGCCAUUAUGAAUUAUCAGUCUGGAUUCAGCCUUGUGAUGAACCACCCUGCCUGUGUAAAUGAGAUCACACUCAGCCUCAACAAUAAGAAUCCCAGAACUAAAGCUCUUGUCCUUGAGCUAUUGGCUGCUGUUUGCUUGGUCCGAGGAGGACACGACAUUAUUCUGGCUGCCUUUGACAACUUCAAAGAGGUUUGUGGUGAGAAGAACCGUUUUGAGAAGCUGAUGGAGUAUUUCCGAAAUGAAGACAGCAACAUAGAUUUCAUGGUGGCUUGUAUGCAGUUCAUCAAUAUUGUGGUUCAUUCUGUGGAGAACAUGAACUUCCGUGCCUUCUUACAAUAUGAGUUUACACAGUUGGGACUUGAUGAGUACCUACAGAAGCUGCGUUGUACAGAAAGUGAUAAACUGCAAGUGCAGAUCCAAGCCUAUCUGGAUAAUAUCUUUGAUGUUGGUGCCUUACUGGAGGAUACCGAGACCAAAAAUGCCAUCCUGGAACACAUAGAGGAUUUGCAAGAAGAGGUUGGACAGCUCACUGAGAAACUCCAGGAUGCAGAAAACGAAUCCGAAGCCAAAAUUGCUGAGCUAGAGAAACAGCUGUAUCAGUCACGCAAUGAGCUGGAGAUCCUGAGAGCAAGAACUAGUGAUGAGCCGGAGAAGCUAGAUGAAAUCAGCAAAGUUAACAAGCCAGAAAGUCCUUCUUGGUUCCCAAUGCAGCUUCCACCAGAGUCAAAAAUAACUCCACAAUACUCUGCCUUGGAGCACAAUCUGGAAGAACUAGAAGACAGAGGUUUUAUCCGGAUCCAGCGUGGGCCUGGCAGUGAUAGCAUCAUUGGCAUUGAGGUCCUCCCUGUUAUUAAUAUUGAAGCAUCUUCGUCAACUAGCACAGAUUAUCCCUCCCCAUCUACAUCUCCUGUCCGCAGUCUUGCUCCAGAAAUACCACCAGCACCACCUCUACCUUCCACGAAAGGCAGUGAUUCUGGGGCUUUCUAUUCUUCUCAAGAGGAGGGGUUGCCACCUAUUCCAACUUCUCUUCCACCACCACCACCACCACCCUUACCAGGGAUCAAUGAGCCUCCACCUGCCCCACCACUGCCUGUGAUUGUAACUACAUCUCAAGCUUCAUCAACGCCUCCUCCUCCUCCGCCACCACCCCUCUUAACAUUUGGUGGCCCAGUUGCUCCUCCUCCUCCACCACCGCCUCCCAUGAUUGAUGGAGCAACUUUGCCAGCCAGUACAGUUACUGCAGCUGUCAAGAUCAAGAAGCCUAUACAGACCAAAUUCCGUAUGCCUGUCUUCAAUUGGGUUGCUUUGAAGCCUAACCAGAUCAAUGGGACCAUCUUCAAUGAACUCAAUGAUGAAAAAGUCCUUCAGGAGCUGGACAUGAAUGACUUUGAAGAACAAUUCAAAACCAAAGCUCAGGGUCCAGGCAAAGAAUUCAGUUCCAUAAAGACCAAGACUUUACAGAAAGCUCCCACUAAGGUUUCACUGAUUGAAUGCAACCGGGCCAAGAACCUGGCCAUCACCCUCCGUAAAGGGGGGCUCAGUAUCGACAGCAUUUGCAAAGCCAUUCAGACAUACGACUUACAAACCCUCAAUCUGGAUUUUCUGGAGUUACUGAUGCGCUUCAUCCCAACGGAAUAUGAGAUGACACUAAUCCGCAAAUAUGAAAAAGAGCAACGUCCACUGGAUGAGCUUUCAGAUGAGGACCAAUUCAUGAUCAAAUUCAGCAAAAUUCCCCGCCUUACAGAACGCAUGAACAUCAUGACAUUCUUAGGCAGUUUUGCAGAUACCGUACAACUCCUUCUGCCACAACUAAAUUUUGUGAUUGUUGCUUCAAUGUCAGUCAAGUCAUCUACCAAACUGCGUCAGAUUUUAGAGAUUGUCCUGGCAUUUGGGAAUUAUUUGAACAGCAGCAAACGGGGAGCGGCUUAUGGAUUCCGGUUGCAGAGCCUUGAUGCGCUUCUGGAUAUGAAAUCAACAGACCGGAAACAGACACUACUUCAUUAUAUAGUGCGGGUGAUCCAAGAAAAAUACCCUGAGUUCCUGAACUUUUCCAGUGAGCUGCAUUUUCUGGACAAAGCAGGGGCAGUGUCACUGGACAGUGUGCUUCAAGAUGUGAGAAGCCUACAGCGGGGCAUGGAGCUAACACGCAAAGAAUUCAUGCGCCAGGAUGACAGUAUCAUACUCAAGGAUUUCCUAAAGACAAACAUAGAAAUGAUGGAAAAGCUUCAGGCAGACAGUAAAACUGCACAGGAGGCAUACGAGUCAACAGUGGAAUACUUUGGGGAGAAUCCCAAGACUACUCCUCCAACUAUGUUCUUCCCUACAUUUGUACGCUUUAUUAAAGCAUACCAGAAAGCAGAGGAAGAUAUAAAAGUGUGGAAGAAGCAAGAAGCAGCUGCCAAAGAAGAGGAGCAAGUUUCCCCCGGCAAAGGGGAACAGGCAGUACCCAAGCAAUCUCCCACCCAUAAGGCCAAGCGACAACAGAUGGACCUCAUAACUGAGCUGAAGAAAAAGCAGAUGGUGAAAGAGCCUCUCAUUUAUGAAGAAAAAGAUGGUGCCAUUGAAGACAUUAUUUCAGGUCUACGUAUCCAGCCAUACCGGCGGGGGGACACUGGUCGGCACAGUGGCAAAAAACGAACCACUGGGCAGAUUCUCCAGGCAACCUCCGAGAUCUCACUGUGACAGAUUUGAAUGAGAACAAGCUAAAUAAGCCUUGGUUUGCUGGGUGAAACAAGGACUCAGACCAAGAGGCCUGGACCAAAGACUUUUCCCUCCAAGGAAUAAAGGGACUCAGGCCAGGAUGACUGUCCUCUCCUCUCCCCACAUACACACUUAAUUAUAACCUUUGCACAUGUAAAUCUUGCUGGCUAUGUUGCCCGCUGGAUCAACAAUAUUUCUUCAUCUAAUAAGCAACUAAUAUCUUGGCCACAUUUGACUGACCUACCAUGGCAGCAGUGGGCAGGAUGGGGAGGCUCAAGUCUCUAAUAAUAGGGACAGCCAAUGGUGCUACAAACCUCCACCACCAAAUCAAUAAGAAACAUCUUCCACCUCCAAAAAUCUUUGUGGCGACUGCUGCUUCUAAAGAAGAAGAAAGCAAUUUGAUCCAGAUCCUUUCUCCCUGCUUUCUUUUCUAUCCAACCUAUUCUGGUUUCCUUAUCUAGGGCAUUCGUUCUAUUUUAGUUUUUCAAUUCCGCUUCUAUCCUAGAGACAAGGUGGGAGAGGAUUGUCUGUUUUCUUUCAAGUGUCACAAAAAUUAUGUUAGUCUAAGUACUGAUGUACUUGUAGGAUGAUUACUUCCUGGGAAGGUGUAACCUCAGGAUCAUUUAAGCCAUUAUAACAUAGCAAAACAGGGCUAAUUAAUUAGUAAAUCCAAGCUGUUUGUAAGUGGAGCAAACACCCUGUAUACAAUAGCAUCCUGCCCCAGCAUUUUUUUAUUUUUUAUUUGCAAAGGUGCUGCAUUAAUUUCAUCACUUUAGAAUCGAAAUCAUAUCCAGCAUUUCAGCUUUCUGAUGUAGAAUGAUUUGGCUUCAGUGGCCUGUAGCCUUUUCUUUUGCAAAAUUUCAUGAUUGAUUCUGGGCACAUAAUCCUGUUGCUUCCUUAGAAUUAUGAAUAAUUUUUUGCCCUCUUUAUACAUUUCCAUACAGUCCAGAUCUGCCCCUUAUUGUGAUCUAUAUUCAACUACAUGUCAACUGUAACUGCAUGAUCAUAGUUGCAUCCAAUGUAAUUAGAAACCCAUUGAAAACAAUGUUGCUCUUCUCCCUCUCUAGCAAAGUUCCCCAUGAUUAUAUAUUCUUCUUGAAUAUUUAAAGAAUUCAGCAUCCUUUUCUAUCAUAACAAUCAGUCUAGGGAGUUAAUCUGAUCAGUUGAACAGCAUCUCAGGAUUUAGCAAAAGUUUGGCACUUUCAAAAACUACUCAUUUGAGUAUUGGUGACAAUCACACUGGCUAUGGGAAUUGCUGUUCUUUUCCUUGCCACAUGGUGUCAUUCUUCUGUGGGCUGAACAAUUUUUUCUUCCGGGUUGCUGGCAGUAUGUGUUAUGUAUGAAAUAUAAUACAUUAUCUCCCCACCUCCAUUCUUCAGAUGUAUACUCUUAAGAGCUUUCUAAGAGACAGAAAAAUAUAGAGUGGAGGUGACAGUAAUUAGAUAACUCAGGAAAUCUUUAAUAAAGAUUUCAUCAUUGCAAUGCAUAGUUAUAAUUCUAUACUGAGAUUUACACACUGUUAGUUCACCUGAAGGAUACCACAUCCUAAUCCAAAUGCAUGUUUCCCUACUUGCUGAAAACCUGGGGAAUAGGGUUAACUUGUGAAAAAUGCUCCCACCCCCCCUUUUUUCUCCUUUUCUUUCUUUCUUUUUUCUUUUUUGUAGUUCCACUGCACAUGAAACAAUACAUCUUACUCCCUCUCCCAAAUCAAGCCAGAUUUUAAUGGUUCCUAGCUUUUCUUUCAUUUGCCGAGGGAGAACAAUUAUUAUAUCUCCUAAAAUAUGUAGAGGGGAAGAGCAAUGUGUUUAUGCCCCUCUUUUUGGGUGGGUGGGUAUGCAGGAGGCGUGGGUUACAGUACCAUCAUUUUGUAUAAUCUGGCUCCAUAUGGAGCACUUUAUGCCUGCAGGGACACACUUAUGCAGAGUUGCACUUUUGCUUUCCCUCUCAAAUUCCAGCAUGCAAGCUUCACAGCAAUAACUACCUAUUUCAGGAGAGAUUAGAUAUGCAUGGACAAAUUUGUUCAGUCUCAACUUGGAUGAAACAAAAUCCUCAACUGCCUUUAGCAAUACUAUGGCCAGGUCCCUACUGUCCAUCCCAAACUUGCUGUAACUAGAUAUGCUUAGAAGCCCAGUUUUAGGCUACCAUUGCUUUUCCCAUAAUUUAAGAAAAACUAAA